CUGGAGUGGAGUGCCAUUUCCUUCUCCCCUUCUUAUCCCAAGUGGCCCCAAAUCCCCUUUGAAAGGAUGCAGUUCAGGUAUCAACAGAGCAACCUAAAGGACUUGAGGCGGAGUAGACAGGGUAUGAAAGGCUUAGAUCAAAUGUCCUGAGUGAGGCAAGAUCAGAUUGUCCCCAGGACAAAACAGCUAGGGAGAGCUACUAUAGACACAAUGGAUUAGAACGGCCCCAGGCCAGAACUGACUCGACAGCCCCAAGAUUAGUCACAGCAUUGAAGAGGAGGAGAAGACACUGCACCAGGCCAUGCCUGGCAGAGAGUCUGGAGUUUCUGGUUUCUAAAUUCAGGAAGGCGUCAGCCAGGGGAGGGGCCUGCAUGUAAGGGAAGAGUGAGAAACGGGCUGGGCAAGCUUCCUAUGUAAGGCUACACAAGAAGAGGCAACAUAGACCAGAAAGAGGAUUCCUGAUAGCCUCCUGGAACUCAGGAGAGUGAACAUUCCAUCUCUGACCACCUGAGACACCCCUCCUGCUCCAAAGACUAUAUAUAACUCCACUUGUCUUUCUGAGGCCUCUACGAACCCUGUACCACAAGGAUGGAACCACUACUAGGAGCAAAAAUUGGCUGCCUAUUUGCCCUGCUGGUGCUCACUCUGGUGUGUGGCCUUAUUCCCAUCUGCUUCAAGUGGUUCCAGACUGCUACAGCCACAGGUUGUCACCGCCGGAUCCUCAGUUUCCUGGGCUGCACAUCUGCUGGUGUUUUCCUGGGAGCGGGGUUCAUGCACAUGACUGCUGAAGCCUUGGAGGGGAUUAAGUCAGAGAUCCAGAACUUGAUGAUACAGGACAAAGAGUGAGGUGCAUUCUGAUGAUGAUGCUGAUUCAGCUUAUAUGGAGUAUCCCUACGGAGAGCUCAUCAUCUCUCUGGGCUUCUUCCUUGUCUUCCUUUUGGAGUCACUGGCAUUGCAGUGCUGUCCUGGGACUGCUGAAACACCCAAAGUGCAGGAGCAGGAACUGGGUACAGCUCAUGAGCUUGAACCUCACAGCCACGGACUUCUACCCUCACCCUCACGGGGUCCCUUUCGAGCCCUCAUCCUCUUGCUCUCACUCUCCUUUCACUCCGUGUUUGAAGGUCUAGCUGU